UUACAGAACAGGAAUUUCGGAUUUGAUCUUGCAAUAAUUCGCCUUUGGCCUAUAUAUCAUCGUUGUUUAUCCUUUGCCAGGAAAGAAAGGGGAAAAGGAGAAAGAUACAAAUAACCCUUUCUCUCAGGGGACCUGUAGCCAUAGUCAUCAAUUCCAGAGCAGUCCUCCACAAACAAAAUCAAAUGUAAAUGUUACAAUUGUAACAGAAUUCUUUCCUGCAGAAAACCAAUUUCUUUCAUGUCCGAAUCCUUUUCCUUAUGAUAUCAGACAUAUAUUGAUUCAACCAUUGUCGUGGCUCCCGAAUUGAUGAAUUCUUGGAGGACCUUUUUUUGGUAGAUUGGAAUAGCGAAAAAGAAUUCAUAUUCACGAAUUUAGUGGGAAAAAGAUUUAUUGUAUCCGUUGUUUGUAGAAUGUCUUGAAAGAAGAAUACUGUGUAUAUGUUAGCGUUAUUUGCUUUGCCAUCUGUAUUCUCCUGAUGCAAUUGCAGCCUAAGAGAAUUCGUGAUCACGAAUUUAUUAGGAAAAAUACUUAGUUUAUCGAUGGUGUUUGUAGAAUGUCCGGAAAGAGGAAUAUUGUGUAUACGUUGGCUUUCUUCGCCCUGUCUUCUUUAUUGUCCUGAUGCAAUUGCUUUGGCAGCCAAAAAAAAAUCUAGUUAAUUCUUGUUUCCUUCAUCGAGGUUGCUCCUUAACAUUUAACCGUUAAGGACAUCAAUUCCAUUUCUCUUUUGAUUGGAAGAGGAACAGGAUUACAAGAAUGGCUUAUCGUAUAAACAUGAGGGCAAAUUCAUUAUCCUCUUCCCAACCUCCUUUGGCUCAGAAAUUAACAAAUGAUCCUGUAACUCAGAAAACCGCGAGCAACACUGUCACAUGUUUUUACCAGACACAUAUUGGAGGUUACUGGCGAUAUGUGACUGUAUUAUGGAGCAAGGAUUUGUCUACUCAUUUUCUGAGCAUAUCUGUUGCAACCAUGGAAAGUGAUUAUCAUCAGACGUGCAAAAUUGACCUUAAACCUUGGCAGUUUUGGGCAAAGAAAGGGUGCAAAACCUUUCAGGUUGAUGGGAAUCAAUUGGAUGUCUAUUGGGAUUUUCGUUCGGCAAAAUAUUCUGGUAGUCCAGAACCCUGUUCAGAUUUUUACGUUGCAUUAGUUUCUGAUGAAGAAAUGGCGUUAUUGUUGGGGGAUUACACCGAAAAGGCCUAUAAGAGAACAAAAUCAGAAGCAGCCCUGGUUGAUGCAAUGUUGGUUUACAAAGAAGAGCACGUAUUUGGGAAGAAAUCUUUCUCCACCAGAGCGAAAUUUGACCAUAGGAAAAAGGAGCAUGACAUUGUUGUAGAGAGCUCGACUUCAGGGCCUAGAGAACCCGAAAUGUGGAUUAGCAUAGAUGGGAUUGUGUUGAUACAUAUUCGGAACUUGCAGUGGAAAUUCAGGGGGAAUCAGACAAUCUUAGUUAAUAAACAACCGGUUCAAGUCUUUUGGGAUGUAUAUGCUUGGCUAUUUUGCGUCCCAGGCUCAAACCACGCAUUGUUUAUCUUCAAGCCAGGUGCACCAGAGGUGGAAAGUGACAAAGAUGAAAGCUUCAGUCAUGGCGAUGGAAGUGACUGCAGUGGGGAUAGCAAGUAUUAUUCCACGAUAAGCUAUUCACAGGCUUCAAGGUUCUGUCUUUUCCUCUAUGCAUGGAAGAUCGAGUAAGAGAUCAUGUCUAUAAAUUCAGAAGAAUUUGUUGUUCUAAAACUAUUCACUGCAGUAAAUUUUUAUA